GUGGGGAACGGAGAGAAUUGCCAUCCCUAUUUAUUUCCCUUUUUAUUUUUAUUAAGUAAAAAUAUCCUGCACCAUUUUUUACCAAAAAGUCUAAAGCUCAUCUUUUCUGCUUCUCCACCACAAACUGAAACCUUAUCUUCCUCAUUGCUGUCGAAUCUCCUCCCUCACCAAAGCCAUGGCCGUUGUCGAUCUUCAUCAUCUUCUCUCCUUCAUUGCUGCCAAACCCCUUCCUUACCAAAGCCAUGACCCUAUCUUCGUCAUUGCUGCCGAAUCUCCUUCCUCACUAAAGCCAUGGCCGUCAGGCAUUCCAGAUCCAACAAAUCAUGAAGCAUCAAUCUUCAUCAUCUUCUCUCCUUCAUUACUGCCGAACCCCUUCCUCACCAAAGCCAUUACCCUCUCUUUCUCAUUGUUGCCGAAUCUCUUUCCUCACCACAGCCAUGGCCAUCGAGCAUUCUGGAUCUAACAAAUCAUGAAGUGUCGAUCUUCAUCAUCUUCUCUCCUUCAUUGUUGUCAAACCCCUCCCAUGGCCAUCGGACCACUUGCAUGCCAGAUUUAACAAACCAUCGUAGACCUCUUCUUUUUUUUUUUUUUCUUGAUCAUUGCUUUGUUGUUUUUCCUUUUUUCUGUUCUUUCUUUGUGUUGAUGGUGAUUUCUGGUUGCAGGCAUUGAUCAAAAAGACCAAUCUGAACCCAAGAAUGAUUUGGGUUUCUCUAUAUUGGGUUGUUUGGUAGUUCAUCAUUCAUCACAUGUUUGACUCCACUUGAAGCGACUCUUUUUGAUGGGUUGAGGAUGAAGGGUUUUUUUUUUUUUUUGGUCAUUUUCCCACAUCAAUUUUCAAUUUUGGCUUGUAAAGAUACUUGCUCUGUUGUAGAACUGGAGUGGGGUUUCUUUUCCUUUCUUCCUCAUGAAAUGGGAUUUUGGGUCUUUAGUAUGUUAACUAAGAAAGAUUUGGGUUUUUU